GAGUCCUGGUUACGAUCACGCCGCCAAGGGCAACCUCAGACUUCAGCUGCUAAAACUACACUGCGCCCCUUUACAGUGUCGCUGCGCUUUACCGUGGAACCCGUUUAUUCAGAGUGUUGGAUCAAAACGUGCGCACUACAAAUAUUAGUAAAUAGAAGACAGCUGAAGUGAUCUCCGCCUAAUCUCUUGGGAUUUUGGCAGAACAGAGCAGAAGAGUCACCAUGGAGUUGCCGGAUAUUCCUUUCCCUAUAACCUCUCCAGAUGACUUCUACGACGACCCUUGCUUCAACACCAGCGACAUGCAUUUCUUUGAGGACCUGGACCCGAGACUCGUUCAUGUGGGUCUCCUCAAGCCGGACGACCACCAUCACAAAGAGGACGAGCACAUCCGGGCACCGAGCGGGCACCACCAGGCCGGCAGGUGCCUUCUGUGGGCCUGCAAAGCCUGCAAGAGGAAGACCACCAAUGCUGAUCGUAGGAAAGCGGCUACCAUGCGGGAAAGAAGGCGACUGAGCAAGGUGAACGACGCCUUCGAGACACUGAAGAGAUGUACGUCUACUAACCCAAACCAGAGGCUGCCCAAAGUGGAUAUCCUGCGGAAUGCCAUCAGCUAUAUUGAGUCUCUCCAAGGCCUGCUUCGUGGGGCCGGACAGGAGGGCAAUUAUUACCCGGUGAUGGAUCACUAUAGCGGGGACUCGGAUGCGUCCAGUCCCCGCUCCAACUGCUCAGACGGAAUGAUGGAUUUCAAUGGUCAGUCUUGUCCACCAAGACGGAGAAACAAGUAUGAUAGCGACUACUUCAACGAAGCACCAAAUGAUUCCAGACACAGGAAAAACUCUGUUAUUUCCAGUUUGGACUGCCUGUCAAACAUCGUGGAGCGCAUCACCACGGAUACCUCUGCCUGUCCCGCUGUUCAGGACGGUUCCGAGGGUAGCAGCCCCUGUUCUCCCGGGGAUGGUUCCAUAGCGAGUGAGAACGGAGCCCCCAUCCCGUCCCCGAUCAACUGCGUCCCCGCCUUACAUGACCCAAACACCACCUACCAGGUGUUGUGAAGUCGGGUCGGUGGACUGCAUACAGUAAUUGUACAUUCUUCAAAACACAACUUAUUCCUUAUGGGGAGAGAAAAUGCCAAAGACUUGCCUAAGGUCGCUACAAGGCUACACACCAAAGAAGAUCCGAUACCGGCUUUGAAAGACAUAAAAAAAUGACGGGUGUCCAAUUUCUUAAAGAACCCUUGGUCUACAUUGGAUAAUGUGUGUGUGGGUGUGUGUGUGUGUGUGUGUCUGUGUGUGUGUGUGUCUGUGUGUGUGUGUGUGAAUGUAUUUAUAUUUUAGUAAGCCUAUGCUAUUCUAAGAUAGUACAAGUCUGAAUUCAUAUAAACGGAUACCAUUCUAUUUGUGAUCGACAUAAUUUAAUUCAAUUGAUUAUCUGUAAAAUGAACAUUUCCAGUUGGCAAGGCGGAAACGCCGGAGAUCCGGAAAGUGAGGACCAUUUCGUAUAUGUGUAAAUAAGAGCUGCUUUGCAAAAAAAAAAAAAAACGAACAACACACAGGAAGUGUUUGUAAUCAUAUUUACUGUUGUUCUUGGAUUGUUGUGUUAGAUUUUUAACUUUAUAUUUAUAAUAUCAAGAACGGAGUGAAUUACAUUUUAAUAAAUAUAUAUUUAUAUAGA